UCCACAUCCGGCCCCGCCGUACAUUGUGCUCAUCCAUCCCCCUGCGCCACGGUUUUUGCGUCGAACCCCCCUACUUUUACCACCUUCGGCCCGGUUGUCAUCAUCACGACUGCUAAAAGUUCAUCAAUUUGGAGGAAACUUUGACUGAACUACACCCUUCUGGUCAUGUGCAACUGGUGAUCAGAUUUAUCUUGAUGAGCGAGUUCUAAUAGCUUUGCAGUGAAAGCUAUAACAAUGGUUUCCAUAGCAAUGCAUCCAGCAGCACAUUCUUGUGUUUUACUCUUGUCGCUUCCAAUUAUCCUGUCUUUCAUUAGCGUAGUUUCUGGUCAGGCCAGUUUUUCCCAACAACCUGUAGAUAGUACAGUAGUAGAAGGAGGAGAGGUGAUUCUGUACUGUGCAGUGGAUAACCUAGAGGUUACACCAGGGAUUCUAUGGACCAAGGGAAGCAGUAAUGUACCAUUGGGACUGUCUAGAGAUAUGCCAGGCUACCCUAGGUAUAAUAUCGUAGGUAAUGCAACCAGUGAAGCUAAUCUUCGCAUUGAGAAUGCACAACUAGAAGAUGAUGAUGUCUACAGGUGUCAAGUACCUGGUCUUAGAUCGGAAGAAGCUACACUAACAGUGCAAGUACCUCCAGAUCCACCCUCAAUUGAUAACUACGAGAAUGGCACCCUCAUCACCAUCGAUCCACCCUCAACAAUCACUCUGACCUGCCGUGCCAACAACGCCCGACCCCAAGCAACCAUAACCUGGCUCAAGAACGACGGCCCAGUCCUGUACAUCAUGCCGGUCACUGCAGUAGAAGCCUCUGGGGAUCCAUUAGGGAAGAAGCAGAACUUAGUCAGCACGUUGACGUUGAACCCAGAGAAGGAAGACAAUGGAGUAGAAUAUAAGUGCGUAGUAGAGCAUCCUGCUUUGGUCAUGCCGCACUUUGUAAAUGUAGUUCUCAACGUUAGAUUUCCCCCUGGUCCCCCGCUGAUCACUGGAUACCAGCAGGGUCUCGCUGUUCGGCAGGGAGAUAUGGUUACUUUGGACUGUGCUUCCAGAGGAGGAAACCCACUGGCUGAGGUGUAUUGGUGGAAGAAUGGUGUUCAGAUGGAUCAUUCGUACAUCACUGAUGGUGCAGGGGCUAGAAACACUCUUCCUAUAACAGUUGGUUAUAGUGAUAACAAAGCUGUGUAUAGAUGUCAAGUAAGCAGUCGGGUUUUACCUCAACCUCUGACGGCUCAAGUACAGUUCACUGUUUUCUUUCCCCCAGCCUAUGUUAACAUCACGGGUCAUGAGCAGAUGGUCAACACUGGAGCCACAUUGACACUCCAUUGCAAAUCAGCAAACAGUAACCCAAGUGCUUCUAUCUCAUGGUAUACCGGCGGUCAGCAAGUCAGCACAUCACCAGACGUUGUUGUAGCAGCUCCAAACGGAGGUUUCAUCACGUCACAGAAUCUGACUGUCACUAUGACUGCGCAGAUGAAUAGCGUGGACUAUAUGUGUCAGGCCACCAAUCUUGAACUCUAUGAAUAUGCUAAUGCUGUAGCUACUGUUAGCGUCAUGUAUCCUCCACAGAUACCCGUAAUCUCCGGCUACGAGGAAGGUCGCGAGGUCAAAGCCGGUAACCUUUUAAGACUUACCUGCAUCGCUGUAGGUGGUAACCCUCUAGCUACCCUCACCUGGCAAAAGAAUGGAGUAGAUCUGGAGGGUAGCUAUGGAACCAGUGGACAACUCGCUACCAACGAGCUACCUCUUAUACUGGAGCAGACUGAUAAUAAAGCUAACUAUAGUUGUAGAGCGUCGAAUGAAGCUACACCGGAACCACUGGUUGCUCAAGUCUCACUGGAUGUCCUCUUUCCCCCAGAGAGAGUUUUCGUGACGGCUGAACCAGCAGAGUGCCGUGAUGGAGACAGAGUUGUAGUGAAAUGCAAGACUGCGAGUAGCAACCCGGCUAGUGAGCUCUCAUGGUGGAAGGAUGGAGUACCUGUUGAUGGUGGAGCAGCAGUUACUGAAUCCUCAGACAACAGCGGCUACUCAACAAGCAGUGAGCUGGUAGUAGAGAAAGUCUUAUCAUCAGAUAAUGGCCAAGUGUUUCUCUGCCGCGCUAAGAAUGAGCUGAUUGUAGAAGCAGUUAACGAUGGGUUGAUCAUGAACGUCAGAUUUAAGCCCCAAAUCAGCGUCGCAGACAAGAUGACAAUCAACACCAAGGAAGGCCCAGGCCUCAAGAUCCUAAACUGUACCUCUAAGGGAAACCCUGAAGAGCUGACGUACGUCUGGCAUCAGAAUGACGUCCCGAUUGUCUUGGAUGGGAAUACACGCUUCACGUUGAAUGACGCUGGCUCGUUGUUUGUCCAUAAUGCGUCAAGGACGGAGGUUGGGAAUUAUAUGUGUCUCGUUAGUAAUGACGAAGGGAACAGUAACAUCACGGCCAUACUCGAUGUACAAUAUUCACCGAUCAUUUCAACCGGAGACCAGAUCGUAAUCAACCGUCACUCAAUCAGUGAGUUAGUGUGUGAGGCCGAUGCUAACCCUAAACCAGAUAGCUUCAUUACAUGGACUCGUGAUGGAUUUGAUCUCAGCGCUCAUCAGAUGGAAUACUCCGAGGGUAAAGCUCUGCUCAGAAUCUUGAAUGUGUCUAAGGCGGACGGUGGACUGUAUACGUGUUCUGCUGAUAAUGGAAUAGCGCCGGCGUUUACUAAGAACAUACAGGUUGUUGUACAGUUUGUUCCUGAGAUAGAUCGGACCGUUGCCAACAAGGUAGCACAGAGCAUCGGUCAGACGGCCGUACUACGCUGUCGAGCUGAAGGAGCACCAGUCGUCAGAUUCAAGUGGUUCCAGGGAGCAGCUCAGGUGAAUUUAACAAGUGACCACUACACCUUUGACACUCGGCAAGAUCUGACCUACUCCAACCGAUAUGAGAGUCGCUUAUACAUCGGACCUGUUAAUGAACUCUUUGAUUAUGGGACAUACGUCUGCAAAGCUUACAAUAACCUCGGCGAGACUACUUUUUCUGUCCAGCUGGAAAAAACAAGUGAGCCAGAAGCACCGUUCGGUCUCAGAGUUGAGAAAAUCACCCAUGAUUCAGUCAGACUAAGCUGGAAGGCAGGUUUUGACGGCGGUCGGCCCCAAACAUUCCAAGUUCGUUUCAAUCAGAAGGGAAACCAACAGUACCAGUAUGUAGAUGUCAUCCCAACUGAAGAAACGACGUACACUGUGACCAACCUCAACCCUAGCACUGAUUAUGAGUUCACUGUACGUGGGAGAAACGAUCUCGGCACCGGAGCUUACUUCCUUGGGAUUGUAUCGGCAUCAACCGAAGUCGCACCAUCUCAACCAGUUGUCCCAAGUCCAUCAGGUAUCCUAGUGGGGAAUAUCCCUCUUUACCUCUUCCUCUUGGUCACCUUCUUGAGUCUCCUCAGCUGUGUCUUCCUCAAUCUCUUCCUCAUCUGUUGCCUCGUCAAGAGACGGACAUCCAAGAAAAAGAACCUAGCCAAGAAAUCUGACAUCAAGCUGAAGGAGAUAGAAACCGUGCAUUCAGACGAAGGUAGUGCGACCGUCACAGAAACACUCGACUCCAUGUCUCAUCGAGACCAAUCAGAAUACUCCAAAGAUCCUUACUCCGAUGAUGAACGUAGCUAUGACGAUCAUCGCUAUGGCAACCAGCAGUAUGACGACUACAGCUAUCAGACCUACAGUGAUCAGUACGAUGACGAUCGGCAGCCGAUCGCGACGUCCCGUAGGGAACCGGGAUCCAGUUACCAUAAUGCCGGGUACCGACCACCAUCAUACGCACCGAGCUGGGACAGUUUUGCUCAAACACCAAGCAUCUUGACAGAUCAGAUCAGUGAGGACCAAGAGGAACGUAACUAUGCCGACAAGCUACGACGUAAACAAGCUCAGCUAACUACAGGUCCAUCCUCAGCUAAGCAGUUUGACUACACCUCAUCUGUCACUCCGAGUCCAGUACCAAGCAGCCUUGGUAACUUUGUCCAGUUGACUAAGGCUCGACCUACUGCUAGCCAGGCUGGUAGUGAAGAAGGGUUCCUAGUGUAAAUCCAAGUCCAGGGCCUUCUUUCAACAGAGCUGCUUAAGAAAACAGGUUUCUUGUAAUGAUAAACAGGUUUCUGCUAAGCAGAAAACAUUGCUUAACAGUUUUCUGCUUAGAAGGAUUUAGUUUUUGCACGGUGGGAGUAUAAUAAGGUGAGGUUUGCGGUAACACCACGUGUAUAUCUCUCUUUUGAGUAUUGUUGGUUCUGAAAAGAACUGGUGCUUGACAACUCAACUUUUUUAUCAGUAUGCUAUGAUCGUCUUCAGGAGAUUUCUGAUAAGCAAAAUUAAACAGGAUACCAGUCAGAGGGGGUACAUUUGAGAUGGUAUUUGAGCUUGUAACAUUAUUCUGGUAAGCAGAAAUGUUUUGUGCUAUAACAGAAUGACUAAGUUUUUAAUAACGUUUCUCAGUCUCUGAAGAUAACUUUCAGUAUGUGAAUUAAUGUAAAAUAACUUCCUAAAGAGGGAUGUGUCAUAAUAAUCAAAGCAAACCUUUGGCUGGACGUCAUGGAGUUGUGAACUCUCUAUGUGAAUUAAUGUAAAAUAACUUCCUAAAGAGGGAUGUGUCAUAAUAAUCAAAGCAAACCUUUGGCUGUACGUCAUGGAGUUGUGAACUCUCAUUAAGUUACUGCGGACACACAAGGGCUCUUCAUAGGUAUUGUAUGGAGAGUGCGUACCCUUGCAGUAACUUGAUUAGAGUUCAUA